AGGCCGAGAACACCCGCGAGCUUGUAUUAUCGCAGCAUAGCCAUGGCAAAGUGUUCAAUGUGCGACAAAAAGUGCAUUUAACAAUGAGGUGUAUCGCGAAUUCCGAUAAUUUUCAAAGGUGCAGCUUCCAACGUUGAAUUCCUUCACGCGACAGCCCGGCGUAACGCUUUCAGAGCAAAGUGCACAAGGCGCGCACCUCAGAACGGCGCGUUUUCGUUCUUUUUUUUAUCGAAUACUUGCGCUCCUCGCCUCCGGCCAACUCCCAGCAAAAUCAAUUUAUCAGCUGUUUAUUUCGCUGCCGCGCUUCUAUGGCUCGCGGUUACCCCCACCCGGACUGGUUUCUUUAGGACCCCAAGGUUGCUCGGUGGAGAUGAAAGCUGUAGAAACAUCGCGAACACACCGCCGCGGCUGAAUCACCAGAAGAUUACUGUUGAAAGAAGAACGACACAAGAAGUGCAGCAGGCGAGGCUAGACGCAUUAUCGCUCGCUGGUGUCCGGUUUUGAUUAUUUAGUCUACACGCGGAGUCCAAAAUCCCCGCAAGGUUAACCGGUAUGCUUCACGGCAACAACAGAAGUAGCAGUUUCGGGGGUUCGAACGCAUCUAUGCGAUAAGGAGGGCGCCUAUCAGGAAAAAAGAAGGUGUCGCAAGUAACGGCAGUGCCAAAGCAGUAUAACGAUACGAAAUUAGUAAGCGGCCGUCUGCCGGAAGUGAGUGAUCGAGUACCGUCGUUUCUCCACCGAAAGAGCAGCUCAAUCAUGACGCGAACGAAGAAUCCUUCACCCAAGAAGAUAGACCAGAGUGAUGAGAAACAUUCCGAACAAAGGCUGCUGCACAAAUGGACCCGAUAUUCGAGCGCCAAACUCGAGGAGGUGGAGGAGACGUUGCUUUCAGCGCUCCGAAAACCCUACGAAAGUAUUUUUGUGGAUGUGGGUCAGUGCGUCGGAACGAACGAUAAGAUACGCACGGUGGCCUUGAACAGGGAGUCAAGCAACAUUCCGGUCUUACUGCUGCACGGUCUUGGGGCCGGUGUUGGGCUCUGGGUGCUCAACUUGGAUGCCGUCGCUGAAUACCGACCAAUGUAUGCCAUCGACAUACUGGGAUUCGGGCGCAGCUCACAUCCUAAGUAUGAUCCGGACACAGCAGCUGCCGAACGUCAGUUUGUAACCUCAAUAGAAGCGUGGCGAGUAGCGGUUGGUAUCGAUCGGAUGUACAUACUCGGUCACUCGAUGGGAGGAUACCUUGCCUGCAGCUAUGCACUGUCUCAUCCGGAACGCGUCGCGGGUUUAAUACUGGCCGAUCCAUGGGGUUUCAUGGAAACGCCACCGAGGAUAAAGCGCAAAUACUGGAUCCGCAUCCUGUACCGGACGGCCAGGAAGAUGAACUUCUACCCGCUGACGGUGGUGCGUAUGGCUGGUCCAACCGCAGCCUGGAUCUUAAGCCGGCGGCGGACGGACAUUACGUCACGCUUUGAGUCUAUCGUUCCCGACGAGCGAGUGGUGGCCGAUUAUUUACAUUUGGUGAACGCACAGAAGCCUUCGGGCGAGAGUGGGUUCUGUGCAAUUCAGAAAAACUUCGGCUGGCCUAUCAAUCCAAUGUUGAAGCGAAUCGAUCAGAUCGAUCCCAGCAUACCCAUGACGUUCAUCUACGGUUCGGAAUCGUGGAUCGAUCUUGAGGCGGGUGAAAUCACGAAAGCAAAGCGCGCUAACAGUUUCGUCGAAGUUAAGAUCAUCGAGAAUGCUAGCCAUCAUUUGUAUGCCGACUUUCCCGAUAUCUUCAACAAACACGUGAAUGAUGCCUGCUUCACCUACGAUGCCCGUUUCAACACACAGCGAACCGCAGAACCGACCGAGGUAGCGGAAGGGUAGACAAGCAAAUCCAAUUCCUCUCAGCCCUGUUGCUACUCCUUUGAAACCCGACCGCUACUGCGAAUGAUCAACUGUAUUGCCUCGAUAUAAUGUACCUACUGUUUACUGCCAGCUCGAUUGGCAAUGGUGGGAAAAGGGAGCAGGGUAAAAGCGGCCCGCGAAAGGCCUCCGACGUUUUGUCCCCCAUCCCCUCCUUUUUUCAAAGUGUCCUACUGAUCAUCAUGACUCACAUAGUAUUUUCGAGCGUGUGAAAACAAUCGACCGAACAAGCCACCACCGAUGGAAUGCAAUCGAAAACUGCUGUACUAACCCAACUGCUUCCUCCUUCUUCCCGCGUGGAACGCGUACUAGGAUAUAGAGAUAGUACAACCAAGCUUCCGGCAGAAGCAUGCGUAUAUUUAUUGACUACGAGCUGCUGAUGCUGCUUGUCGUGGUAUAGUUAGUGAUGUAGUUGAUGGCCGAAGGCGCGCAGAAUCAGAAGGAUCCGGCUCAGUCCGAUGAUAAGCCAGGAUGAAUGUAGUGAUAAUGCUUCCGAAAGCAGCAGCUGCACAUACACAAAUACCUACGUGUUUAGGUUUAGCACAAUCCGAGGGAAGAUGCAUUUUAUAAUAAUGUCUGCACAGCAGUUUUGUUAUCGUGUGGUUUUUAUUUUUCUAUACUAACUUUAGUGUUUAAUCGAACCAAUCCGACGGGUUUAAAGAGUGAAGAUAAAGAAAGAGCGAGAGAAGAAACGAAGCACGGAGAGUUGCACAACUAACGAACAAAACGUGUUAGCUAACCCUUUUUGAAUUAGCUAAAAGAAAAUAAAAAACAACGGUAUUAACCUGAUUUGAUCAGUAAAUAAAGCAUAUCGCUUCCUCGAGUCGACGGAUCGAUGAUAAAAUGUAUCUACUUCACACGGAGGGGUGUCGCGUGGUGCACUCUUGUACCGUUAC